GAACCUCUUCACCUCAACACUGAACACUAGUGAGAAAACUGACAUUCUCCUGCACGGAAUUAGCUCGGACCUGAUGAUGCAGGUUCUGGAUUAUGUUUAUUUGUGUAAGGUGGACAUCCACUGCGCCAACGCGCGUCAGCUGCUUGUGACGGCUGACUAUUUGUGGUUACCAGCCGUUGCUGAGCUCUGCUGCGACUUCCUCAAGAACACGCUGGACGUCCACAACUGUAUCGGCAUCUUGCGUUUCGCAAGGUGUUACUUCUGCGCGGGACUUGAGACUCACGCUUGUCGCUUCGUUCUGCGCCACUUCGUGAAAGUGUCUCAGAAAAGCGAAGAACUUUUGGAACUGCCUGUAGAGGAGCUACAAGCGAUAAUCGAGUCCGAGGAACUGAACGUGAAGAACGAGAAAGUUGUGUGGGAGUGCAUUCUCCGGUGGAUCAACCACGACCCGUACAACAGGAAAGGCCACAUCGUGGGCCUUUUGAAGGGCGUCAGACUAGGACUACUUGACAAAGAUUUCUUCCGUGAGAAGGUAUUAAAACACCCGUACGUGACGGAGAUUGAGGCUUGCAAUCCCGUGAUUUUAGAGACGAAAGCCUUCCUACGCGACUUGCAAAUGAUGACGGAGGAAGACAAGGAAUUCGUGACACCAAGGAUUGCCCAACCGCGAAUCCCACAGGAUUUUCUGUUUGCUAUUGGUGGGUUUUGUGACAGAAGCCCGACAGAUCUGAUUGAAACUUAUGACAUUCGAGCAGACCGAUGGAGUGUGGUUGAGGGCGUUGACUCGAUCGGUCCGCGAACUUGCCAUCGCACGGCGGUAAUAGGUUUCAACAUUUACGUCAUCGGUGGUUACGAAGGCGAGAAAGCCUUAAGCUCAUGUCACAGCUUCAACGCUGUUACGAAGACGUGGCUCGAGUUGGCGCCUAUGCAUAAAUGCAGGUAA